UAUCAGGCACGAUCGGUGACCUUUAACCUUUACGCACAGAAAUGCAGAAGUUGGAUCUUCCUGCAUAAGAAACGUGUAAUUAUCGUCAUUAUUACACCUGGCAGAACAAUGGGUUAACCAUGGAUGGAAUCGUCACAUCAUUGGAGUUUCCAGAAGUCCCAAAUAGCGAGGAUGAUACCAGGGACUGGAGCUACACCAUGAGAAGAAGUAUGCAGGAAAUUCUUCCCAAUGUGUUCCUGGGGCCAUACUCUGUAGCUACAAAGAGAAAUCUUUCCAACCUGUUGGAUUUGGGCAUCACCCAUGUUGUGUGUGUUAGAGAUACCCUGGAGGCCAAAAUCAUCAAACCAAACUUUUCAGAUCAUUUCAGAUACUUGGUUCUAGAUGUUGCUGACAAAACUACAGAAAAUAUAAUUCAACACUUUCCUAAGGUUAAAGAAUUCAUGGAUCAGUGUCUGCAAACUGGAGGAAAAGUCUUGGUACAUGGCAAUGGGGGGAUAUCCAGAAGUGCUGCUCUGGUGAUAGCGUACAUAAUGGAGACUUAUGGGAUGACUUACAGAGCUGCGUUCCACCACGUACAACAGAGGAGAUUCUGUAUCCAGCCUAACGAGGGCUUCGCUAACCAGCUGAUGGAGUAUGAACCUAUCUACAUGGCCAGACUCACCGUCAGACCUGGGACCUGCUGGGGACAGAACAACACACAUCUCCAUGGUGGUAGAAAACGUAGUCUGGAUGAUGAGGCUGAGGAAGAAGCCAUGGACCAGACAGGAGACCCCAGUCUGGACCCACAGAACAAGUCGCAUCAUCCUCACACUUAAGGACAGAUGUGUCUCACAAGUUACCUGUACACUUUCUGUUGAUGUUACAAUUACUGUUUGAGGUUAACAAUGGUUUUCGACAGGUUUAAGGGUCCAUUUUCUUAGCAGUGACAUUUUGUACCCAUAUCCAAAAUUUGCCCUGGAUAAAACUCUUCUACAUUAUACACAUGUGUAUGUAUAGAUAGUGACAACUCUUUUUUUCCUUUCAUCAAAACAGAUCAGUCUGUAUCUAUACAUACGUUUUGCUAAUUAUACAUCAUUUCAAUUGGCCAUAAAAUCCACAGCUGUGCCAUGGAUAAGUGUAAAAAAGUUAGUUAUCAAUUUAACAUUUUCAUUAUGUAAGAUGUUGCUGAUAUUACUUUUGAAACAUUGAUGAUUUACUUGACAGGGACCAAGGUUAUGAUUUUGGAUGCACAUUUCUAGAUCGAUUUUGCACUAAAAGCAGAAAGCAUUUUUUUCUAAAUAACAAGCAAUUUGUAGUUGAGCUUUGAAUCAUCAUACUUUUUUAAAGUGCAAUGGACAAGGUGACAAAGUCGAUGUGAAUGUGAUAGGAGACACAGAUUUAGCUCAGCUAAGGAGAAUGGUCAUUGCAAAAACAUUGCAUUCUUAUGCUAUUCACUGAUUUGAAGAAGUAUGCUGGAUAGAAAUUGUGGUGGUUUGUGUGUCAAGUGUAUAUAUAUAUAUAUGUAUAUGCAUAGACAUGUGAACAUUUUCACUGAUACAUGUACAUGUCUGUAUAUGAUGAGGACCAUGUUGUUAUCAGGGUCGACCACUGUGCCUUAGCUUUUCUUGUGCUUCUAAUUGUUUACAUUGAUUUGUAUACUCUGAAGUAUUCAUAGACAAAGUUGCAAUUUGCUAAAAUGUUGCAGAAGUAGAAAAAGGUCAUUUUGAUGUUUGUUGCUGGCAUUUACAUGUACAUGGCGACAGCAACAGGCUCUUGGGCCAUAUCAACUAAUGUGUAGUAAGUGAGAAUUUAGAAACUUGUAGCCUAUCAGAGCACCCUAUGGAAAGAGAGGUAGGGUGGUCCUCUGUCUUUGGGGUGGGUACAUGAGGGGUGUAAACUAGUAAACUACAGUAAAAAAGGAUUCAACAAAGGUAUGCAGAAAUGAUGGAUUUUUAGCAAUUCCUCUCAAGAUGUCUUCAUUUCAAAGAAUUUCAUUAUUUGCUGUUUGUACAGUGAACUUCUAUCCUUCAAUGUUAAACAGUGCAACAAAAUCUAUCUAUCAAAGAGAAAUUCAGGCUCCUUUACUGCUUGAAUAAGAAAUCAUUUACAAGGAAACUAUCAUAAAAAUGUACAAUUGAUACAAGAGGGGGAAAAGCUUUUAUAGUAAGCUACCCUGUAGGUGUAUGCACAUAUCUACAUUUUCUCUGUGGCUGUUUGGAUCAUCUGUUUGACAGCCUAGUACUAGUAGUAGUGUUCUGUAGUUGGUAGAGCUUAGGAAAAUUAUUGUUGUGUUAUGGUCCUAGAGAAAUUAGAACCCGUAGGUAGAGAUUUUCUUUCUUUUUUUAGGUUUUGGCCAAAGUGACCCAACAAACAAACUAUGUAAGACUGAAAAGCAUCAGGACUCUGGCAUUUUCAACAUCAUAUCAUAUGUCAUACAGGCUUAGGCUAGGUGUUGGCAGGUUCUUGCUUGAGUCAGUUUGGUAUAGCCGGAAACACAACAUUUCCUUUACUAAGUACAAGCAACAUCAUGAUCGAAUGGUUACCCGCAACGCAAUGUAUAUCAUAGGAAAGGAGUUAGUGUAGAGAUUUUUAAAUGUGUACAUCGCAGUGAUGUUUCCUGUAUGUGCGAAUGUGGACUUAGAUGAACUAGGCUAUAACACAGUUGUAGAAAAAUGACCCAGUACAAAUGAAUGUAUUACUGAAAAAAAAAGUUGUUCAAGCA